GCUGCUGCGAAGAGGGCAUCGCCAUGAUAAAACGAGCGGCGGCCGCUGCGAUCGGAGGAGCCCUGGCGGUGGCGGCGGUGCCCGCGGUGCUGGGCGCCGUGGGCUUCACGGGGGCUGGAAUCGCCGCCUCCUCCUUAGCGGCCAAGAUGAUGUCAGCGGCCGCGGUGGCCAACGGGGGCGGAGUUGCCGCCGGCAGCGUGGUGGCCACUCUCCAGUCCGUGGGGGCAGCUGGACUCUCCACAUCAUGCAACAUCCUCCUGGGCUCCGUUGGAUCAGCUUUUGGGGCUUUGCUUGGAGGGGCCAGAAGGGCACCUCCUUCCCCUCUCCAGGUGGACCCAGACCUGCAGGGGAGCAGCCAGGAGAAAAUGUACCCCAAGUCGAACCUCCAAAACCCCCACUCGGGCCAGAGAAGCAUGAGAAAUAAAGAUUACCUGCAGAUGUAA